AUGUGGGAUCUACAGAGAAUGGUCAACCGUGAGUGCAUUUCCGUCCAUGUUGGUCAAGCUGGGGCCCAAAUGGGAAAUGCAUGCUGGGAGCUUUACUGUCUGGAGCACGGUAUCCAGCCGGAUGGACAGAUGCCCAGUGACAAGACAAUAGGAGGAGGAGAUGAUUCCUUCAACACCUUCUUCAGUGAGACGGGAGCAGGGAAACAUGUUUUUCAGCUCUCUGUGGCUGACAAAACCAACGCCUGCUUUGAGCCGUCUAAUCAGAUGGUGAAGUGUGAUCCUCGUCAUGGGAAAUACAUGGCCUGCUGUCUUCUGUAUCGUGGAGAUGUGGUGCCCAAAGACGUCAACUCUGCCAUCGCUGCCAUUAAGACCAAACGCACCAUCCAGUUUGUUGACUGGUGUCCCACUGGAUUCAAAGUAGGUAUCAACUAUCAGCCUCCGACUGUGGUUCCUGGUGGAGAUCUGGCCAAAGUUCAGAGAGCCGUGUGCAUGCUGAGCAACACUACAGCUAUUGCUGAGGCCUGGGCUCGUCUAGAUCACAAGUUUGAUCUGAUGUAUGCCAAGAGAGCCUUUGUGCACUGGUAUGUGGGUGAAGGAAUGGAGGAAGGAGAGUUCUCAGAGGCCAGAGAAGAUAUGGCAGCUCUGGAGAAGGAUUAUGAAGAAGUCGGCACUGACAGCAUCGGAGAUGAUGAAGACGGAGUGGAAUUUUAAAUACAGUUUGUUUGUAAU